GGGCAUCACCACUUUUGCUCUUUUUCGUCAGUCUUGUUCCUCCUCCAUUUUCCAUCACGGGCGGCUCCUUUUCUUUCUUCUUUGCUUCUGUCGUCUUCUUGCUUAAACGCCGCCUCCUUUUUAUUGCCACAACCAUUGCCGCAUCCGCUCGCCCCUGUCCUCUCCCGACGUGUUUGCUCUCGACGCGAUCCAAUCCCAUGCGCCGAUAGAAAGCUCUCCUCGCUCCACGACUCGACCGUCCAUCCCUCCGCAGGACUAGACAAUACCAUAACCAUAUACACAGCGCCUAAUAAACAUGGAAUCGGCAGACGCCAAGGGCGCAGGCGCUGCCUCCCCGAAGUCCUUUGCGCUCGCCCACGCCAGACCCAGAUCUAGCUUCCUCGGGUGCUCGCGCAUCGGCGACUACGAGAUGCAGGGCAAGCUAGGCGAAGGAACCUUUGGUGAGGUGCAUCGCGCCAAAUCACGACGAACAGGUGCCAUCUACGCGCUCAAGAAAAUCAUUAUGCAUCACGAAAAGGACGGCUUCCCCAUCACAGCUCUCCGAGAAAUCAGACUCCUCAAGCUUCUCAACCACCGAAAUAUCCUCCAACUCACAGACAUGGCCGUCGAACACCCCACCAAAGCCAGUACGUCGAAAUCAAGCUUCCCUAACAUGACUAGAAACUAACCCUCCGCAGCCGAUAAGCGCAAGAAGCCCAUCAUGUACAUGGUAACACCGUACAUGGACCACGAUCUCUCCGGCCUCCUCGACAACCCCUCCGUCACUUUCAGAGAAGCACAAGUCAAGUGCUACAUGCAGCAGCUGCUCCAGGGCCUCUGCUACCUUCACGAAAACCACAUCCUCCACCGCGACAUGAAGGCCGCCAACUUGCUCAUCAAUAACCAGGGCAUCCUGCAGAUUGCCGAUUUCGGUCUCGCUCGACACUACGACGGGCCCGUACCACAAGCUGGCCAACCAUACGGUUCCGGCCGUCGAGACUACACUGGUCUUGUCGUCACGCGAUGGUAUCGACCUCCCGAGCUGCUGCUGCAGUUGCGACAGUACACCCCCGCUAUCGACGUAUGGGGUGUUGGUUGCGUCUUUGGCGAAAUGCUCGUUGGAAAGCCAAUCCUGGCUGGCGAAAGCGACAGCCACCAGCUCGAUCUCAUCUGGGAUCUCAUGGGAUCGCCCUCAGAGUCCAACAUGCCCAAUUGGAAGAAGCUCCCUGGUGGAGAACACCUAAACCCGCGUCCCAGACCAGGCAACCUGGAGAACCGGUUCAGACAAUAUGGCAAUGGCGCCGUCGCACUACUAAAGGACUUGAUGAAGCUGGACUGGCGAACGCGCAUUAAUGCCGUAGAUGCCCUCGAACACCCUUACUUUAAGAUGGCGCCUCUACCCAUGGCGCCACAUGAGAUCCCAACAUAUGAAGAGAGCCACGAGCUCGACCGCAGAAAGUUCCAGGACCGCAAGGCCGCACUGCCUCCCGCGCCAAAGGGCGGUACAGUUGGCGUUGGCCCAGAUGCCAAUGGCGCCACGGCCGGCUUCAACAGCGGAGACGGCUAUAACGGCGGCGGUAGAUACCCCAUGAACAACGGCCGGUACCGAGACGACCGCCGCCGCCCAGCGUGGCAGCGUGACGGGGACCGUGGCGGAGAUCGUGACCGUGGUGACCGCGGAGACUACAGAGAGCGAGGCCCUCGCGGGCGCGGACCUCCUGGUGGGCGCAACCCAGACACCGAUUCGUAUGUUCCAAGCUAUAGGCAAGACGAUGGAAACAGGCGUCGGGACGAGCGCCCGCCCCCGCGACGCGACGACAGGCGGGAUAGGCGCACAAGGAGUAGGAGCAGAAGUCCGGCAGAGAGACAACGGGACAGGGAUAGGGAGAUGUACAGGCGUUGAGUUGAUCAUGACUGCAGCAGAAAGCAGUUGGAAUUAUAGUUUGCAUUAAAAACAGAGGGUAUCAUAUCGUAGCUAUUUAUAACAGUGACGGGGAGAACAAUCAAAAUGUACUAGAAUCGCUUGCCUGCUUCCAGUGAGAGCUGAAAAGAAAAGAGUAUGACGCUUGGCAGUAGCAGCAGCGUAAGAGAAUGCAAUGAAGAGUGGUGUCAAAAAGAAUGAUACUCGCUUAUAAACAAACACCAUAAUGUGUUGUUAGUACUCGGAAUCGUCGUCGUCCUCUUCGUGAAUGGUUUGCGAGAGCAGUCCCGGCGGGAGCCUGCGUCUGGGGCUCGCGAGGGCCGCUGUGGCCGUGGCCUCGGCCCAUUGCUGCCACUCGGCGUCGCUAGAGCUCUCGCCAGUAAACGACGAGCUCGCCGUGCUAUUUCGUCGCAGGGCGGCAGCAUAGGACUUUUCAAAGGCGUCUUCUUCCUUGAUGGGCCCUUGGCCGUCCUGCAUGCCGAGGUACGAUGUGAUGACGACUGACGCGAUGCCAAGGAUGAUGCCGGCGAGGAUACCGACUCCUGCUGCUGCGGAGAG